GGAGUGCUACUUCUUCACUUGUCGUCGUCUUCAAUUCGAUUCAAGACUGCCAAUCACAGUAAAAGCACCCCACCCCCACCACGAACCCAAUAAAACUUAUCUGUCUUGGAUUGAAGUUUCCAAGCUUUACAAAGUGAGAAUUGUUAAAUAAUGGCAGUAGUGGCCUCUGCUCCUGGAAAGGUUUUGAUGACUGGAGGUUAUCUUGUUCUGGAGAGGCCUAAUGCUGGUAUUGUACUGAGCACAAAUGCUCGUUUUUAUGCUAUUGUGAAGCCACUUUAUGACGAAAUUAAACCUGAAAGUUGGGCAUGGGGUUGGACAGAUGUUAAAUUGACUUCUCCCCAGAUGGCAAGAGAAACCAUGUAUAAACUGUCUCUUAAACACCUAAAGCUUCAGCCUGUUUCUUCAAGUGGAUCAAGAAACCCCUUUGUAGAACAUGCAGUGCAGUAUGCUGUUGCAGCAGCCCAUGCAACACUUGACAAAGAUAAGGACACAUUGCAGCGACUACUUCUGCAGGGUCUUGACAUAACUAUCUUGGGUUGCAAUGAGUUCUAUUCGUAUCGGAAUCAGAUUGAAGCACAUGGGCUCCCUCUUACACCUAAGUCAUUGGCUUCCCUUCCACCUUUUGCUUCAAUCACCUUUAAUGCCGAAGAAUCAACUGGAGAAAAUCGCAAGCCUGAAGUUGCUAAGACUGGAUUAGGGUCAUCAGCAGCUAUGACAACUGCAGUUGUUGCCGCCUUGCUUCAUUAUCUUGGCGUUGUGAACCUCUCCUCUUUGGAUGAGGACCAACUCCAAGGAAAGAAAGAUGUAGCUGAUCUUGAUGUAGUUCAUGUGAUAGCUCAAACUGCUCAUUGCAUUGCACAGGGUAAAGUUGGCAGUGGGUUUGAUGUUAGUUCUGCAGUUUAUGGAAGUCAACGCUAUAUCCGGUUUUCGCCUGAAGUGCUCUCUUCUGCGCAGAAUGCAGGUAUGGCAACACCACUAACAGAAGUCAUUGAUGAUGUCCUAAAAGCAAAGUGGGACCAUGAGAGGACCAAGUUUUCAUUGCCUCCUUUAAUGACAUUAUUACUUGGAGAACCGGGCUGUGGAGGAUCUUCAACACCAUCAAUGGUUGGAGCUGUUAAGAAAUGGCAGAGGUCCGACCCUCAGGAUUCUCUAGAAACAUGGAGAAGGUUGUCAGAAGGAAACUCUGCUCUUGAAGCGCAUCUAAAUACCUUAAGUAAAUUGGCAGAGAGACAUUACAAUGCUUAUGAAUGCAUCAUCAAUGCCUGCAGCCUGCUUCCUGCUGAAAAGUGGUUGGAGAGAGCAAAUAAACCAACUCAAGCAGAAAUUGUUAAAGAAUUAUUAGGAGCUCGAGAUGCUAUGCUUCGGAUUAGGUAUCAGAUGCGGAAGAUGGGAGAAGCUGCUGGAAUUCCAAUAGAACCAGAAUCGCAAUCUCAGCUUCUAGAUGCUACAAUGAAUAUGGAGGGAGUCUUGUUGGCUGGCAUUCCUGGUGCUGGUGGAUUUGAUGCGGUUUUUGCAGUUACCCUGGGGGCUUCAAACAAAAAUGUGACUCAAGCUUGGAGUUCACUUAAUGUUCUUGCAAUGCUAGUAAGAGAAGAUCCUCAUGGUGUGUCCUUGGAAAACAACGAUCCUCGAGCAAAGGAAAUUACUACAGCUGUUUCUGCAAUUCAGCUUGAAUAAUGAUCUGGAAGUUGUAUAUCACUUGCAGUAGCUUACUUUACUCGUGCCAUAUGACUAAAACAUAAGAUCUUAAAAUAUUAGAAUGUAUAGAUUGCCUUUCUAGUUCAGGUAGGUUGAAGUUUCAAAACAGCAGGUCAUAGUGACCUCCUUCUAUUGUUUGAAGAGGGCAAAUAUGUGCCACGAAAAAAUAAGCCAAAUGAGAGCCUGCUCUAGUUCUAUGGAUCAUUGAAUCAAAAAAUAAAUCUUGCUGGAAAUGAAUUUCCCUUUUA